CUUCAACCCACAGGGAGUCACAGGCCUGCGGCAGGUGGGAGCCCUAACCUGGAGCCCAUGUGAUCUGACUUCCUGUUGCUGGGCCUGAGAAGGGACACCCUGAAACCUGGACCUUCUCCCCUUUGCAGACAAGAUGCAGCGACUGAGUGUAUAUGCGCUGGUUUUGGUGCUGGCUCUGGCCGCCUUCUCUGAAGCUUCUUGGAAGCCCCGCUCCCAGCUGCAGGAUGCGCCCUUGGGUCCAGUGACCAAUAAAGGCCUGGAGCCACAGUGGCUGGACCGAAGGCAGCUAGGGCCCCGGGGGCCCCCACACCUUGUGGCAGACCUGUCCAAGAAGCAGGGGCCAUGGAUGGAGGAAGAAGAAGCAGCAUAUGGGUGGAUGGACUUCGGCCGCCGCAGUGCUGAGGAAGGGGACCAGCGUCCCUAG